AUUAUCCAAUAUGAAUCACGUUUAUUUUUAUUGUUUAUUUAAAUUUUUAAAUGUGUUCAAAGUUCCGACAAUUUUCGUUCGAAUUCACUCAUGCAGUUUUAUUGCGCUAGAAUAAUCGUAAAGCAAUCAAUCAUCAGUGACGAUAUUUGGAAUAUUUAUUUCGACCUACGUGAUAGAUUACUGUCAAAACAUUUCUGAAAAUCGUUCUUUCCGGCUAAAUUAUGAGCACUUUAAAGCCCGGCGAAGCUGAAGGAUCAGAUGAAGCGUAUAAGACUGCCUUAGAGGAAGUGUAUAGUGAACAUAGUCCUCUUGUUGAAAAAACAAUGUAUCAAACUAUAAAUUUGCCUCAAAAAACAGGCUGCGAAAAAACACAAUACAGAACUCAAUAUUUAGUCACUUUGAUCGUAACUAUUGGCGGGUUCAUCAUGGGCACAACACUAGGAUGGACGUCUCCAGCUGGCCCAAUGAUGGAAAAUGGGCAAUAUGGAUUCCACAUUACUGAGAAUGAUGUUUCAUGGAUUGCAUCAUGCAUGCCACUUGGUGCCAUGCUUGGAUGCCCAUUUAUGGGUGUUCUAGUGAACAGAUUGGGACGUAAACGUCUGAUGAUAAUGUUAACUGUCCCUGCACUCUUUGGAUGGGAAAUGAUAAUAUGUGCUAAUUCUGUGGUGAUAAUCUGUAUCGGCAGACUUUUAACUGGAUUUGCUAGUGGCUCAUACUCUGUGAUAGUACCACAAUAUACCUCUGAAAUAGCUAAUAAGGAAAUACGUGGAACUUUAGGCACUUAUUUUCAGUUACAAGUAUUUUCAGGUAUCUUGUUCACCUAUGUCUUGGGAUCAUAUUUAAAUUUAUUUGGUCUAUCUAUUGCUUGUGCAAUUGUUCCAGCGGUCUAUUUGUGUUUGAUGUUUUUAGUACCAGAAAGUCCAAUUUUCUACCUAUCAAAAGGAAAUAUAGAAAAAGCUCGAUUAUCAUUGAAAUAUUUCCGCAGACCUUUUAGUCAAGUGGACCAAGAAUUAAAUAUAAUGCAAGAUUCUUUGGCUAAAACUGAAAGAGAAAGAGUUCCAAUCAUGGAAGCAUUCAAAACUACACCAGCCAAACGAGGGCUAUACUUAGGCCUUGGGGUUAUGGUUUUUAUGCAGUUUACGGGAUGUAACACUGUUAUUUUCUACGCCACAACUAUCUUUAAUGCAACUGGUAGCUCAAUAAGUUCAAAUGCAUCAACAGUUAUUGUAGGUAUCAUGGCUGUUUUGUCUACUUAUGUGUCAACACUUGUUGUUGAUAAAUUGGGACGAAAGAUUCUGCUUUUGUGUUCUGUUAUUGCAAUGGGAAUUUGUACAUUUUUCAUUGGUGGAUUUUUCUAUGCAAAGGAUAACAAUUAUGACGUUUCAUCAAUAGGAUUUAUUCCAUUAUUGUCAUUGUGCAUAUUCAUAAUAUUAUUCUCAAUGGGUUUCGGUCCAAUCCCAUGGAUGUUGAUGGGUGAAAUAUUUCCAGCUCAAAUUAAAGGCAUUGCUAGCUCAAUAGUCUGUAUGGCAAAUUGGUUUUUUGUAUUCUUGGCUACCAAAUUCUUCACGUCAUUGGUAUCUAUUAUUCAUUUAUACAACACAUUCUGGCUCUACACUGUGGUCUGUGUUUUUGGCACAUUCUUCGUGGUAUUUAUUGUUCCCGAAACUAAGGGUAAGACAAUGGAAGAAAUUCAGUUGUUGCUUGGUGCUUAACCCGUACUGUUAUUAUCAUAAAACUUUUGAUGUAAACAUUUUUCUUAUAACCAACUACUUAAGCUGUGAUGUAUUUAUUUUGUCAAUGAAGUUAUUACAUUAUAUUGUUUUAUAAACUUCUUUUAAGAUAAAUUAUGUUUUGUACAAAACUAUUUUAAAUUUAGAAUAUUCUUAGAUGUCUAACUAUUGUUUUAUAUUAAAAUUCUAUUUAAAGUUUUAAGCUAUAUCUACUUUAAGAUAUAUAUCAUACUAAAAUGUUUACAAUUUAUUAAACAUUUAUAUUCUUUUUACAAACAAAUUUAUUUUCAAUCUAUAUAGUAAUCUAUAUAUAUAAUACUUGUGUUGAAUUGCUAAUGUAAUCAUUUAUUGUACAUCAAGAAGAUACUUAUUUUCCACUAUGCACCACUAGUGAGUUGAAUCCAAAUCAAAAUAAUGAAUGAUUAAUGAUUAUAUUGGUAUACAUAUUUAUAGUGUUGUUUAAUUAAUUAAAGAGUUAUUCAUGGCUUGCUUGAUUAAU